AUGGCUUAUCUGAAAAUUUCUGAGAAUAGUCAUCAUAUGAUAAUGUGCUUUACUCUGUGUAAGGACGGUGUCGUCUUGUUCGUGCAAGUUGGAGUUCCGUUAGUGGAUCGUUGGUCUGUUGUCAUGGCAGAAGGGAGGGAUUACUCUCCGGUUAGGAUUGUCGAGAGAGGUAAAGCUUUGCUUCUCACGGAAGAAGAGGAGGAGGAGUUGAUUAUAGAGAAGGAAAAUAGCUCUGAAGUUAUAGCCCGAUCAGUGUAUGGGUUAUCUGGAAAAUUGUUGACGAAGAAACAGAUUAACGUCGAAGCGAUGAGGAGAACUUUUAAUUCAAUAUGGAAACUUAAUAAGGGUUUUGGAAUUAAACAAUGGCCAAAUAAUACUUUUGUCUUCCAAUUUUACUCCAUGAAAGACAAGGAACGUGUGAUUAAAGGUAGCCCAUGGACCUUUGAUAAUUUCUUGUUAGUGCUAAAGGAUGUUGAUGUGAAUGAAACCCUAGAAGAUAUGGUCUUUAACAAGAUUCCAUUUUGGAUUAGAAUCCUUAAUAUCCCUUUGGGUAAAAUGACCAAGAAUAUGGCUGCUACGGUUGGUAAAAGGCUGGGGACAGUGGUAGAGAUUGACGAGGAGAGACUUGGGGGUUGGAGCCGCUACAUAAGGGUUAGGGUGGAAAUAGAUAUCGAUAAACCCUUAAAGCGAGGUGUUAUGGUGAGGAUGAAUGACAACCAAAAAAAAUGGUUGGCAUGCCAAUAUGAAAGACUGGGUUGCUUCUGUUACGUGUGUGGUAGAAUUGGGCAUAUAGAUAGUGAUUGUGAAGAAGUAGAAGAGGAGGUGAUAGAUAAAAGUUUGUACCAAUAUGGGGAAGAGAUGAGAGCAUCUCCGCUGAAACUAAUAAGCAGGAAUCAGAAACUGGAGAAGAAGAGGGAGGAUGAUCUGAUAAAAGAAAUUAAAAAGAAACUUCACUUUGAAGAGGAAAAAAGGGAAAAGGGGGUGAGGCAGGAGGGACAAGGAGAGGGGUCAGCAAAAAUGGUCAGAGAAGACAGUGGUGAGGAGGAACAGACGGAAAACUCAAGUACUAACCUAACACUUAAUGAUAUAUAUGUCGCAGAGAAGGCGAAUUCAGCUAGCAUUGCCAAGGAUCACUUACCUAACAACUCCCAAGGUUUGGACGUGCAUGGCCUGAAUGAGAAGAAUAAUGUGCAUAUAGCUGUGACCGAGGCAGUAAAUAAACUAUCCAUGAACGAGAACUGCCAUACUAGAAGUGAGAUAGUUCAGAAAAUAGGUGCAAAAAAUGUUGAAGGUGGUGACGGAGUUAAAGAGAAGCAGAAGUGGAAACGGGCUGCGAGGGAGAAGACUGGGAAAAGCAGUACAGUUAUGAAGAGUGGUGGGAAAAGAAAAACGUUGGUUUUUGCAACAGAUGAUGUGGUUGGAAUGGAGAUUGAUUCGGGUAUCUUGAACAAGAAAUUGAAAGACUCCCUCAAUCUGGAUCAGAAUUUAUUAUCGGCCGACUCGGAAGUAGACCGGCGAUAUUCCCCAGAUUUAGUUUUCUUAUCCGAAACUAAGUCUGAUUCAGUUAGGAUAAAUUCUAUUUUUAAUAAUCGGGGCUACAAUACCAUGGUUGUUGAUAGUAAUGGAAGCAAAGGUGGUUUAGCGUUGGCCUGGAUGGAAGGUAUGGAGGUAGCUCUGAGAUCCCUAUCUUCGAAUCACAUUGAUAUCGAUGUUAAAAAACAUAGAGGGGACAAAAGCUGGAGGUUUACGGGGUUUUAUGGCUACCCGACUGAUUCAGAAAAGGACAAAUCCUGGGAGCUCCUCUCAAGUUUGAAUAAUGAAUACCAUGAUGCCUGGAUAGUGGGUGGGGAUUUCAAUGAAAUAAUGUGGCAGGCAGAGAGAGUAGGUGGUCGGGUUAGGGAAGAAGGAAAAAUGAUGAAGUUCAGGAACGUGGUGAACCAGUGUAAUCUCCUUGAUCUCAAGUGUAAGGGUAGCAAAUUCACUUGGUGCAGAGGUAAUGGGGAGAGAGAUCCCAUUUUCGAGAGACUCGACCGGGCCCUCGGAAAUUCAAAGUGGAAAGAGAUGUUCCCAAAUUCUUCAGUUUUGACUCUGCUCAGAGAAGCCUCGGACCAUGCCCCGCUCCUCGUAGACUCUGAUACUGGAGCUGGAUUUACUAAGAAGAAGAGGAAGAAAAUAGUGAGAUUCGAAUCCUUGUGGGUUCGAAGAGACGACUGUGAAGAAGUCAUCAAGAUGGCUUGGGGUAGCGAUGGUACAACAGGUCGGCUGGGUGUUCCUUGGAAAAUCAGUAAUUGUUUGAGCAGACUUCAAGAUUGGAAUGUUAAUGUGGUGGGAAAUUUGAAUAGGAGGAUAAAAUAUAAGAGAGCCCAGUUAUUUGAGUUACAACAAAAUGCUGCAAACUCUAGCCAGUGUAGCAUCGUUAGGGGAGUAGAAAGCGAGCUGGAGGAAUUGUACCGCUGCGAAGAAACUCUAUGGAUGCAGAGAUCAAAGGCGUUAUGGUUAAAAGAAGGAGACAAAAAUACAGCUUUUUUUCACCAAAAAGCUUCUCAGCGAAGGGCGAGAAAUCACAUAAACGGCUUGUUCAACGAGGAGGGGAAUUGGUGUGAAAGUGAGGAUGACAUGAAUGUAGCUAUCAGAGAUUAUUUUCUGAAACUUUUCACCUCCACUUGCCCGACUGAUUGUGAGGAGGCUACAGCGGGUAUUCGAAAUAAGUUAAAGCCAGCGAUGAUAAACUCCAUUAACAGGCAAUUCACGAGAGAGGAGGUGGAGAAAGCUCUUCGGCAAAUGCAUCCGCAUAAAGCUCCAGGACCGGAUGGUAUGUCGCCGCUCUUUUAUCAGAAAUAUUGGCAUAUUGUUGGUAUUGACAUCAGUGAUCUCGUUUUGGCAAUCUUGAAUGGAGCUCCCUUUCCGGAGAAUGUGAACCAUACUAAUAUUGUUCUUAUCCCAAAGAACAAAAAUCCGGAAUCCAUGAAAGAUUAUAGGCCGAUUAGCUUGUGCAACGUCCUAUAUAAGAUGGUUUCAAAAGUUAUCACCAAUAGACUGAGAAUGGUAAUGCCGGGGAUCAUCUCAGAAACUCAAAGCGCAUUUGUUAAAAACAGGUUGAUUACUGACAACAUCUUAGUAGCUUUUGAGUGUUUUCAUUUUAUGCACCAAAAGAGAAAAGGCAAAAAAGGGUACAUGGCCAUGAAAUUAGAUAUGAGCAAAGCCUAUGAUAGGGUGGAGUGGGGCUUCGUGAGGAAAGUCAUGGAGAAGAUGGAUUUUCCAAUCCAGUUCAUUGAUCUAAUCAUGAAGUGUGUUUCAACGGUCUCUUAUUCAGUGCUUAUAAAUGGUGUCCCUCAGAGCAAGUUCCUUCCAAAUAGAGGACUCCGUCAAGGAGAUCCUUUAUCGCCUUUUUUAUUCAUCAUGUGUGCGGAGGCGUUUUCAGGUCUGAUCUCCGAGGCUGUGCAGGCAAACAAAAUACAUGGGGUACAGGUAGCGCGUAAUGCCCCAAUCAUCUCUCAUUUGUUUUUCGCUGACGAUUCGAUUAUUUUUGCUAGAGCCUCUGAAAAAGAAGCUAGUGAGAUCCAAAAGAUAAUAAAAGUUUAUGAGAAAGCAUCGGGGCAAAUGAUCAAUUUCGAGAAAACUGCGGUGUCGUUCAGCCGUAAUAUAGGGGCUGCCACAGGAAGACUAAUUGCAAGCCAAGUGAAAGCAAAGACGGUAGUUCACCACGACCGCUACCUAGGGCUGCCAACCUUUGUGGGGAGAUCAAAAAAAGAAAUCUUCAAUAUCCUCUUAGAAAGGGUGUGGAAGAAACUAAGUGGGUGGAAAGAAAAGUUGCUGUCAAAGGCGGCUAAAGAGACUUUAUUGAAGUCGGUCAUUCAAGCUAUCCCGACUUACACGAUGGGUGUGUUUAGAAUUCCUGCCAGCGUGUGCCAAGAAAUUCAAAGCCUCAUGGCUAAGUUUUGGUGGAGAAAUGGUUCCGAGGGUAAAGGAAUGCAUUGGGUAGGUUGGGAGAAAAUGUGUCGCUCAAAGAGUAGUGGUGGUUUGGGCUUCAGAAACAUUCCGGCAUUUAAUUCGGCUAUGUUAGCGAAACAAGGUUGGAGAAUAAUUCAGGACGAGAACUCCAUGGCAGCCCGCAUCCUUAAAGCUAGAUAUUUUCCGAGGAAGUCUUUUUUGGAAUCAAAUCUUUGCCCGGGGGCAAGCUACACUUGGAGGAGCAUUCACAGUGCUAUUCCCUUGCUUAAACAAGGAAUCCGUUGGAAAAUCGGAGAUGGUAGUCAGAUUAGAGUUUUUAGAGAUCCUUGGGUGCCACGUGAUGGUCUGUUUAUGGCUCACCCGAAGCAACCACAUAUGGAUGAUAAUCUGACGGUGAAAGGAUUGUUAGAUGCUGAAACAGGUACGUGGAAUAAGCAGUUGGUUAGAGACCUGUGUACUGACCAUGAUGCUCAUUUCAUUGAAGCUAUGAACGUUAGGGAUGCAAAUGCGCAAGAUAGAAUUAUUUGGCAUUACUCGCCGAGGGGUUUCUUCUCGGUUAAGGGAGCUUACUACCUAGAAAUAAACAGUAAAGACACGGCAGGAGGGUCAGGAACUGUUCAUGGCGUUUCAACGAUGCUGUGGAGGAAUAUAUGGAAAAUGGGUAUCCCACCAAAAAUCAAACACUUUGCUUGGCGUGUUAUUAAUAAUAGCUUGCCAACAAAGAGUGCGAUAGCUCAUAGAACCUCGCUAGGUGAUGGUCUUUGCUCGAGAUGUGGAGAAAGAGAGUCCCUGACUCACGUUUUCAAAGAAUGUGGCUGGGUUAGAGGUAUUUGGUUCGGUUGUACGCUAGGUAUGGAUACUAGGAGACUUCCUGCAGCAGAUUUUUGGUCAUGGGUGGAUUCGUAUGGCAGCUCCUGGAACCUGGAAAUGACUGAACUGUUUUGGGUUAUGUGUUGGGCCAUUUGGUAUGGAAGAAAUCAACUCUGCUUUAGUAGUAAUGAUAUUCCCUACGAGGUUGUUAUUUCUUUGUGCUAUAAGACACUGGCUGAGUUCAAGGAAGCUAAUGCUAAAAGCUGCGGAAAUUCAGAGAAGAGGGAUCCCGUGUGGACUAGACCAAUGGAAAACUGGAUUAAAAUGAAUUCUGAUGCAGGGAUGGCGAGAAGAGGUAAAUGGGGUAUUGGUUUUGUUGGAAGGGACUGUGCAGGUGAAGUUGUGAUUGCUGGGAAUAAGAACAUCCAGAUGAGACAAUCUGUGCUCGAGGCAGAAGCAGAGGCCUUAUUAUGGGGUUUAAAGAUAGCAACUGAGUGCUCUCUAAAGUUGGUAGAAUUUGAAUCUGAUUCAGCUCAACUAAUUUCAGCUUUAACCCAUGAUGAGGAGUAUUUAACAGAAGUUGGAGAUAUAUUAAAUGACAUCAGAGCUGCUGCAAUGAACCUUGAGGGCGUGAAAUGGAGGUUUGUCAAGCGACAGGCUAACUCUCUAGCUCACAUGAUAGCUGCAGAGGCGGAGUCAGAUGAGGGUCGAAUUUGGAUGGAAGAAAUUCAGCCACAAUGGAUGCAGACUUGGAAUGAAGAUUUAUUGAAGAGUUGUUUAGCUGAUAGUAGGUUUAUUUCUGUUUAG